AUGCCUUUUGAGCAUGUACAGAGUGCCCUCUUUAAGCUCCAGAACCACUCCUUCCAUAAACCAGCCACCAAGGUGGGUGAGCACGUGCUUGGCACAAACAUGGCCUUUUUCCUGCCAGAAGGCCACGUGGCUGAGUGGAACAAGCGCACCUUCGCGCCAUGCUACGGAUAUAGCAUCCGGAAAGUUUUGAACCGGCCUCCCAUCCAUCUCCUGGUGAGGGUGAAGCUAGAAACCAAACCGAAAAAGAAUGAAGAUCGGGUGCUGGUUCUCACUACCUGGCGGAUUUAUCUCUUGGGGCUUAAGGUGCCGGCCAAGGUGGAAUGCUCUUUCAACGUCUUGGAGAUCCGAGCAUUAAAUGCCUUGAAUCACAACCAGAUCCUGGUGGAAACAGAAAAAGCGACCUACAGCUUGAAAUUCCCUACUUCAGAAAGUGCCGACCAGGUCACCAGACACGUCAACAGCGCCUUAGCCAAAAUUUUUCCAAGCCCGGCCUCUGUCUGCUUGAUCCGCCAUGGAAAUGUGGAGACCCCUGAGACGCCACGGGACGUGUCCCCCAAUUCCGAGAGUUCCACUUCCACCAUCCACAGCAUUUGCGGUGGGUUUUCUGAAACAUACGCAGCUCUUUGUGACUAUAAUGGGCAGUCGUGCCGUGAAGAGGUGCAGUGGGACGUGGACACGAUUUACCAUUCGGAAGACAAUCGGGAAUUCAACCUGCUUGAUUUUUGUCACCUGGAAAGCAGGGACUUAGCUCUGAUCGUGGCCGCUUUGGCUUAUAAUCAGUGGUUCACCAAACUCUAUUGCAAAGACUUGCGACUGGGCUCCGAGGUAGCCGAGCAGGUUCUGCAUACGGCGAGCAAGUCCCAUCACCUGGAGGAGUUGGUGCUGGACAAUGCAGGGUUAAAAACGGAUUUUGCCCUGAAACUCGCCUGCGUUUUGUCGGAAAACCCGAACACAGCGCUCCAUGCCCUCACGCUCUCGCACAACCCGCUGGAGGACAAAGGUCUCAGCGCUUUGAGCCAACAGCUGCUGUGUUUCCCUAAAGGUCUCAGCAAACUUUGCCUUUCCAAGACCAGCAUCACUGCAAAAGGUAUCAAUCACAAACUUAAGUGA